UCUCCCUCGCAUCCUCCUCCGGCGGCGGCGGCGGCGGCGGCAGCGCCGGGGAUGGGCAGCGAGAGCGCGCCCAGGAGCAGCCCGGGCCCCGCCGCUCCCCCCUGCUCCCGCGCCCGCUGCUGCUCCUGCCCCGCCGCCCCCCGCGCCCCGGGGGCAGCGCCGCCGCCGCCGCCGCGCUACCCGCAGCCCCCGCCUCGGACGGAACAAAUUAUGACAUCGACAUCUAAAGGAAUUUUCCGGCCAUUUUUUAUUAUCUUCAUUGUCCUUGGUUGUUUCAUGGCAUUUAUACUAAUUUAUAUCAAACCAACAAAUAGCUGGAUCUCUGGUCCUAUAGAAUCAGCCAGUUCAGUUUUGAAAAUGAAGAGUUUCUUUUCUUCCAAAACUGAUAAUCUUAAUGAAACUACUAUUUUGAUCUGGGUUUGGCCAUUUGGUCAGACAUUCGACCUAACAUCCUGCCAAACAAUGUUCAAUAUCCACGGGUGCCAUCUGACUAUUGACCGCUCACUAUAUAACAGAUCCCAUGCUGUUCUCAUUCAUCACAGGGACAUUAGCUGGGAUCUGACUAAUUUACCUCAGCAAGCCAGGCCACCAUUCCAGAAGUGGAUUUGGAUGAACUUGGAGUCUCCAACCCAUACUCCACAAAAGAGUGGCAUUGAACACCUCUUUAACCUGACCCUGACUUACCGGCGUGAUUCAGAUAUUCAGGUGCCUUACGGCUUCAUGAUGGUUGGUACAAGUUCCUUUACAUUUGAAGUGCCAAGUAAGGAAAACUUGGUCUGUUGGGUUGUAAGUAACUGGAACCCUGAGCACGCUCGAGUCAAGUAUUACAAUGAGCUUAGCAAAUACAUUGAAAUCCAUACCUACGGACAAGCCUUUGGAGACUAUGUCAAUGAUAAAAACUUGAUUCCAACUAUCUCUACUUGCAAAUUCUACCUUUCCUUUGAAAAUUCAAUCCACAAAGAUUACAUUACUGAGAAACUUUACAAUGCUCUUCUGGCUGGAUCAGUACCGGUUGUACUGGGCCCUUCCAGAGAAAACUAUGAGAAUUACAUUCCAGCAGACUCUUUCAUACACGUGGAAGAUUUUCUCUCCCCCAGAGAGCUGGCAGAAUAUCUUCUGAUGCUUGACAAAAAUAACAAGAUGUACCUUAGUUAUUUCAACUGGAAGAAGGAUUUCUCAGUGCAUCUUCCUAGAUUCUGGGAGUCACACGCGUGUCUUGCUUGUGAUCAUGUGAAAAGACACCAGGAAUACAAGUCCAUCGGAAAUUUAGAAAAAUGGUUUUGGAAUUAAUUUGUCUGUGUGUGUGUGUGUUUGUGUGUGUUUGUGUGUGAGUGUGUGUGUGUGUGUGUGUGCACUUUUUUGAAGAAGCCCGAAGAAACUUCAGUCCAAGUGGAGAGGAAAGAAAAAGAGAAAAAAAAGAGAAAGAAAAAAGAACCUUACGUCAUGGUUUAUCAGCUAUCCUCUCUUGGCUAACCUAUUUAUAUUUUGGAAGAGAUUUUAAAAGAUCAGCAGCAGCAGUCACCAA